GGGGAUGCUGCAGUGAUGAAGAAGGCGAAGGUGGUGCCACAAAGCAUGAUAGCCAGCAUGGAGAGGCUGCGAGAGCACAUGCAGACUGAGGACCCACUGUCGCGGCUGCAGUGGAUGGAGCUCACGCUGCCCGUGGUCCACGCCGCCGACGCGCGUUUCGCCACACACGACGGCCGCUUCGCCUUCAUGGGGCGCGUGCACUACCACAAGCUGCGCCGCCUCAUCGUGCAGCUCGUCGCGCAGUGCGACCCAGCGGAGCGCUCCUGCAGCAGCCCCCGCAUCGCUCCUUUGCGUAGCCCUAGCCUCUACGCUGACCCCUCCGCGCAGCUCCUCGUCCUCGGCCCCGCCGGUACUGGCAAAAGCCACCUCCUUGCCGCUGCCGCAUCCGACUUCACGGAAGAGUUUUCUCGCACCUGGUCGCCUGGUCUCACCCGCAAGCGCGUGGUCGCCGUCCUCGACUGUGGCUUGCUGCAGCCCGACCGCGCGCUGCUGGUCCUGCAGGAUGCGCUGUUUGUGGCGUUCGCGGAUGACACCGUUAGCUUGCAGGAGCUCAGCAACUGCGCUUCGCUUGAACACCUUGCGUCUUUCUGUGAUGCCACGGAGUCGCAGCUGCUGUGGAUCUUUGAUCAGUGGCAGUGCCUCGAAAGCCAUUCUGCUGAGAUCGCUGCGCUGAAAACCGCGAUUUCCCACAUGUGCUGUCGACAUUGCUUGGUGCGCGUGGCAUCCUCGAGUUGUGAGCUUGUUGAGAAGACUUUCUUUGCUGGCCAACCUCCGGCCAAACUCUUCAUGUGGGAUGAAGGAUUAGAGGACCAAGAAUUGGAAUGUUGGGAGAAAUGGAAAUUUGUGAGCUCUAUACCAGACGGUGAGACGUCUAAAGAGCUACUUGAUGAGAUGGAAUUGCAAAUCUUACUGGAUGUUACGGGGAGGCUGCCGGUGUAUCUCUCGGCGUGGUAUGAUGCUCUGAAACAAACCAUACAGCAGACAUCGAAGGGAGAGAAAAUAUCUUUCGAAUCGGCUCUAAAAGUAUUGCAAACUCAGCCGGUGGUGGAACAAAUGAGGGAGGAUCUCGGAAGCCGCUUCGAAAGCGCUAAGGAAGCCGGGGAACUGAACAAACUAGUCGACGGCGUCUGCAAGUACUUAUUUGGCUCGCCCAUAUCCAAAUCCACGCGAGACAUCGACACCAAAUAUUUCCGCAUCGUGAACGGGAUCGGGGAGCCUUCCAGUGGCUUAGUGGGAGCCGAGCUCGCCCGACUGCUCCAAUGCUACGAACAAACCGACCGUUUUUUCGACGCAGCCUGCUUGAACGCGAUUAAACGAGAAUACAGCUCGCCCAAGAGACGUCACCCAGUCAUAGGUGGGGCUCUUGUGGAGAGAGCCAUCAUAGGCGCACUCGCCGACCGGCCUUUAGCGAUCCCGCUUGGGAACAUGACUCGGUUUCGUCCCACGCUGAUCGAGCUCGUCAACGGCACGGAGCAAGCCACCGUGGAAGACCUGCACAUGGAUUUUCUGAAAGGAGGUAAGGACGAAGCUCUCUUCAUGGCGGUUCCGUUGUCGACCACCUACAAGGCGGUCGAUGCGGUUCUUCUGGGCUUCCGGCGCGAGUCCAAAGGUUGUCACAUGUACAUCGGAGGUUUGCAGAUCACGAUCGGCAAGCUCCCGAAGCAUCGACACAACCGGAAAGUGUUCAUGAAGAAGACGUAUAUGAAAUGGGUGCCGUCCGGUCUGAAUGUGGAGGAAGAUAUUACCUGGUCGAUGAAUUGGGUUGUCCCCGAGCUGGAGUUGCCGAGCAACGACGCGGGAUCCGGGUACGCCAAGGAGAAGGAUCGGUACGAGGUUUGCAGCCGGAGUUUCCUCGGGAAGAGCAAAAUGGGUAAAGAGGUGGAUUGCCAUGAGAUCUUUACCACCUUCCGGCAGAUCGAUUCUCGGUUGAGUUUCCUCGACGCGUUCAAUUUCCCAAUUGGAUCGGACUUUAAAACCAGUCACCGUGCUCACAAGCUCGCCACCCGCACGCUGUCCAAAGUCUCAACCUCUAACUUGUGCACUGAGGUCAAGAGAACAGCAAGAUGUAGCAGCCUCACAGAAAGUAUCAUGAUGGAUCCACACGGCAAUUGGAGAUUAGAGAGACAAUUGGAGAUUAGAGAGAAGAACUUGUAGUGUAGCUCCAUUUUGCCAACACCAACAGGUUAUAAGGAAAAUGUUGAGGCAUCCAAACGUCAACCAUCAUGCUGCAAUUCUAAUCACCAAUGGUCAUUGACAUUGGAAGGUUGCCGAAACAGCAUGAGGAGUUUGUUAUCACGACCAGCCAUUGCAUUUUCAAAUAUCUUUAGUGUUGACUUUUUGCAA